AUGACGGGCUCGUACUUCUUGGGUUGUUCUCUUGGAGGACGACAAGGCGUGCAAGCCGCGGACAUGUUUCCCGAAGACUUUGAUGGUAUUGUCGCAGGUGCACCGGCAGUGGACUUUAACAACCUCUACUCCUGGCGCGCCGGCUUCUACCCUCUGACUGGGUCUGUCGACUCCAAGAAUUUCAUUACUCCCACCGUCUGGAAAACAACGAUCCACGACGAGGUUCUUAAGCAGUGCGAUACUAUUGAUGGUGUCCAAGACGGCAUCAUAGAAGACCCCACUCUCUGCCAUUUCGAGCCUGGAACUCUCCUUUGCAAGUCAGACAGCGGCGACUCUAAAUGCCUCACCAGCGCACAAGUCGAGAUUGUGAGAAAGAUCUUCAGUCCAACUAACUACACGGACGGCAAGCUAUUCUGGCCAGCUAUGAAUCCUGGCAGCGAGAUCAUUACGGCGGACGGGCUGUACAGUGGAAACCCAUUUGCUCUAUCCCAGAAUUGGUUCCGCUACGCGAUUUACAAUGAUCCGAACUGGGACCCGGCAACCUACACGCUCGAAAAGGACGGCAUCUUUGCUGAGAAGCGAAAUCCCGGCAACAUCAAGACGUACCCGCGGGAUUUGUCGGCAUUCAAAAAGAGGGGAGGAAAGUUGCUGAUGUACCAUGGCCAGCAGGAUCAGCAGAUCACAAGCUUCCACACUCCCAUCUUCUAUGACCGCUUGGCAAAAGGACAUACAAUGUCCUAG